GGCGGAGCGGAGCGGAGCGGCGGAGCGGAGCGGCGCGCGGCCCCGGGCAUGCUCCCAGAGCCCAAGUAUGACCGCUUCCGCGACGAGCCGCUGACCGUCCCCAUGCCGUCGCCGGCCCCCGGGCCUUGCCCCGCGGCGGGCGAGGAGCCCGAGCACGGCACCACCUUCUGCGCGCUGCUGCCGCGGAUGCCGCAGUGGAAGUUCCCCGGCUCCGGCGGCUUCCUCGGCCGCGGCCCUACCGGCGCCGCCCGGGACCCCCCCGCCCCGGCGGGGCCCCCCUCGGGGCUGGCCGCCGUCCUGGGCGCCUGCGAUCCGCUCUGCGCCGCGCCCUGCGCGCUGCCGGCCGGCGGGCGGGCCCGGGGGGCGGCGGGGAGGGCGCGGGGGGCGGUGGCGGCCGCGGGGGCCCGGCCCGACGGGGACGAAUGGAGUCGCAAGGGCAGCUUCAUCCGCAAACCGGCGCAGGGCUGGCUGCACCCCGACGAGCGGGUGCUGGGGCCCGGCGUCUCCUACAUCGUCCGGUACAUGGGGUGCAUUGAAGUGCUGCGCUCCAUGAGGUCCCUCGACUUCAACACCCGGACACAGGUCACCAGGGAAGCCAUCAACAGACUGUAUGAGGCGGUGCCAGGUGUGAAGGGCAUCUGGAAGAAGAAGGCUCCUAACAAAGCCCUGUUCUCCAUCCUGGGCAAGAGCAACCUGCGCUUUGCUGGCAUGAGCAUCGCUGUCAACAUCUCCGUUGAUGGGCUGAACCUCAUGAUCCCCACCACACGCCAGAUCAUCGCUAACCACCACAUGCAGUCCAUCUCCUUCGCCUCCGGUGGGGACCUGGACACCACGGACUAUGUCGCCUACGUUGCCAAGGACCCCAUCAACCAGAGAGCCUGCCACAUCCUGGAGUGCUGUGAGGGGCUGGCACAGAGCGUCAUCAGCACAGUGGGACAGGCCUUUGAGCUGCGCUUCAAGCAGUACCUGCACAGCCCCCCCAAGGUGGUGAUACCCCCAGACAGGGCACUGGGUGCUGAGGAGUCUGCCUGGGGGGAGGACGAGGAGGUGGCCGAGCACGACUACUACAACAGCAUCCCAGGGAAGGAGCCCCCACUGGGGGGGCUGAUUGACUCCCGGCUCCGUCACGGCACAGUCCUGGGUCACGUCCACACUCAGCCCUCCAGCUCUGUCCCCUCCAACCAGGGCGGGUUUGCAGCCAGGCGAGACCCUAACGGCCAGCCGGGGCCACCCUGGGACCUGGAGAACCAGGGCCAGCCCUGCGACGGGUACCUGCAGGCGGAUGGCCAUUCCCUGGGGCCACGGGACUACGAGGAGCACAUGUACGUGAACACGCAGAGCCUGGACGCCUGGGAGCCGGAGGCAGCGGCUCACGGAGUGACAGAGGAGAGCCCCAGAAAGGACCUCUUUGACAUGAGGCCUUUCGAGGAUGCCCUGAAGCUCCAUGAGUGCCUUGCAGGGGGUGGCACCAGCCCCCCCAUCGAGGACCAGUGGCCGAGCCCCCCCACACGGAAGGCCCCCAUUGCCCCCACGGAGGAGCAGCUUCGGAGGGAGCCCUGGUACCACGGGAAGAUGAGCCGACGGGAUGCUGAGAGGCUCCUGCAGAUGGACGGGGACUUCCUGGUGCGGGACAGUCUCACCAACCCGGGGCAGUACGUCCUGACCGGCAUGCACAGCGGGCAGCCCAAGCAUCUUCUGCUGGUGGACCCUGAGGGAGUGGUAAGGACCAAGGAUGUGCUGUUUGAGAGCAUCAGCCACCUCAUCAGCCACCACCGGCAGAACGAGCAGCCCAUUGUGGCAGCGGAGAGCGAGCUGCACCUCCGCCAGGUUGUACAGAGGAAGCAGUGACGCCGGGGAUACCUCCCUGAUCUGCUCCCCUGGCACUGGACUCGCCCAAGCCCUGGGGCAAAGCUGCAGUCCCUCUGUGCUGCCCUCCCCCGGUUGUGCCUGGCCUCUGCAGUCUGGGGUCAGGCUCCCCAUCUUCCUCCCCAGAGGGGUCUUGCAGUCCCUGGCCCUGUGAGUCCCCCCCGGCUGCUGCCUACCUCCAUCAGCCACACGGAGCCCCUUGCCCAGCCAGACAAAGAGACAUUUAAUUCCACGUGUGCAGGCGAAACACUGUCAGGGUGGGAACUGGUGGGCAGCCUCAGCAGGAGGAACGGAGCCUUAACCCAUCUUUGGCAGGGCUGCCCCUGCUUGUCCCAGCACUGGGACGAGGGCUGGUGGGAAUCAUUGUAGCCUCCGGCUUGGCUCUACCUGUGGGGCCAGACACAAACAUCCCCUGGAAGCAGGGCUGAGCUGCUGGCACUGCCUUGGAGGUCUGGGGCUGCUGGGGAGCAGAGAUAUGCCAUGGUCCAUGAAGACCCCCUGGCUGCUUGGGGCUUUGGCAGGUUUUUAUGUCACACACAGCCCCUUCCCCCCUGUACCUGGUGCUCAGUGCGAGUUCAUGGUUUGGAAUGCAUUUGUAACCAAACCUGGAAAUGAGCAAGGCACUCAGGUGGUUCGUGCCAGCCCCGGGCAUGGUGCUGGGACAGGUCUUCAUCACCACCAGUGCCUGCCUGGUCCCACCUUGGCUGACCUGUCCUGUCCAGUCACAUCUCUCUCUACCCCCCUGGGUCACCCUGUCCCCCGUGGAUCACCCACUGUCCCCCUGGCUUCGGAGUGGGCUUUGGCACCCCAGGCUGGUCCUGCACCGCAUUCUCCUCCUUGCAGCUGGUGGCUCCCUGCCCUGCUGGCUCCCCUCCUGCCUCUGCCUGGGGCAGCACGUGGCUGCCCACCUCUGGGCCUCCUGCCAUGGCCAGGCCAGCUCCAAGUGGCACAGAGCCAAGCUGUCACCCACUGGUUAAUGUGGCAGCCAGUGGAGCAAGAGUCUUGGGUGGGCCUCACUGCAGGUCCUGUGCUCCAGGUGGGCAGCAGCCACCUGGUGGGUCCAGCACCACUCCCAGCAGCUGGUGGCCUGUCCUGGCUCUGCCCUGUGUGCCUGGUGCUGCCACAGGCACCCACCUUGGGGAGCAGGCUCACCCCAGCACCCUCAGCCCCUUGCUGAGGGAACAGCCCUCACCAGACAAGGCAGCCAUGCUGGCCAGUUUUGGCUGAGCCAAUGAAUAAAAUAAGCCCCUAAAUAAAGCCCAGUAAUGAAUGCGUAA